CGCAGGCGACCAGGAUCAACCUCUUCGAACGCAAUCAUCGCCGCAAUGUCUCUCCUUCGUUCGAUCCGGACGGCGUCUCGCUCAUACAGGAACUUUUCUUCCUCCGCUGUAUCACAGUCUGAUGCGCUCUUCGUGCACCGCAACACUGCCCACAACAACCCUUCGAUCAAGUUCGAGUUCAACGCAGACAACUUGAAGAAAGCUGAGGUCAUCAUCUCGAGGUAUCCGAAACAAUACAAGAAGGCCGCUAUCAUCCCUCUCCUUGACUUGGGACAGAGACAACUGGGAUGGACGAGCUUGAGUGUAAUGGAUGAGGUUGCGAGAAUCGUGGGAGUACCAAAAAUGCGUGUAUACGAGGUUGCCACCUUCUACACUAUGUUCAAUCGCGAGCCUCUCGGCAAGCACUUCGUCCAAGUCUGCACCACAACCCCCUGCCAGCUCGGUGGCUGCGGCUCAGAUGCUAUCGUCAACGCCCUGAAAUCCCACCUCAAGCUCUCAUCCAUUCCCGCUACCACCCCCGAUAACCUCUUCACUGUCGUCGAGGUGGAAUGCGCCGGAGCGUGUGUGAACGCUCCCGUCGUUGCGAUCGGUGAUGACUACUACGAGGAUUUGACGCCGAAGACUAUGAUUGAUGUGAUUGAGGCUUACAAAAAGGGUGAGAAGCCAAAGGCUGGCCCGCAGGGUGGAGAGGUCCCACUUAGGGAGAGCUGUGAGCCCUAUGGCAACAAGACUACGUUGACGGAGAAGCCUUAUGGUCCUGGUGACUUUGUGAGGGCAGAUCUGUAGAGGGCUGUGCAUGGAUGAAGGAGUGCGGUUACGAUAUAUGGGAACG